GCAAGCACAAGUCACCCAACAACUACUCGUACCAAACGCCGGCAUUGUCGUUGGGCACCGUCCAAGGCGAUGGCCUCCUCUCGUCCAGCAUGGCAAACAGAAGAACUUGAAGACGAGUGGAUUGAUGUCGAACCAUCUACCAAUCUCGACCGAGAUAUUGACGACGACAACGACGACUAUCUCAACGGUUCUCGUUCCAUAUCUCUGACCGCACCGCUCGCCACAAUAAUUCACACCACUAUUCAUACGAACACAAAUUCUCCAUCCAUAUCUCCAUCUUCAUCUCCACCCUCAUCUCCAUCCUCAUCUUCAACAACAUCUAGUCGCCCUGCUGGAGGAACCUUUCUCGUUCAUGCGAGCGUUGCGAAUGGACCAUUGCUACCAAAGACACCUGGGAGGAAUAAGAAGGCCAACAUAAAGGAUUUUUUCAGUCCUUUACCAUUAGAACGGAUGUUCGAGCCGCCUUCACCGCCUUCAGCUUCACCACCUCUACGUCCUCCGCCACAAUAUAAAUCAUCUCCUGACUCCAUCUCGAAUCCUGUACCAAUCCCAUCUAUUACUACUUUGCAGUCUAAUAACUCCGAAUCUGACGAGAUUUUAGAGACAGACAUUCCUGGCAUGGCUUCAUUUGACGGCCGUAAGCCGAGUCUCGCUUGUCAAUUUACUUUCGCCGCCCCUCGAGAAACAUGGUUGAACCCCAACACUAGUACACUCUAUCCUCAAGCCGAAAGCACACCAGGUCACCUUCAUCUUCCACAUGGUGAACCACCUUCCUCAGAACCUCCUCUUCGACUCUUCCAGUUCCAAUAUGACACGUUCACUCGCGAUCACUUAUCCGCUAUGGUCGACUCGAUAGCUGUCAACACGGGUCCAGGUUCGGGAACUACUAACUCACCCACCAGUCCCAACAACGUCCUUUCCAAAGUGUCCGAACUACCUAGCACCAAUUCUGACUUUUCCCAUCUUCGAAGCGCCAAACGUCUCAAGCUCAGUCCGAGAAGCGAGUACGAUGAUGGUAGAGACGGUCCAAGGGAAUCUACCGUUACGCGACCGAGGAUAUAUGGAAAAGACUAUGUCGGAGCAUCCCAAUCGCUCAUGCAGGCGAUUAAGGAUGCGCGGGAUUUCUCCACCAUCUCCACGGUAGUUAGUGUGAGGCGUGGUGAUCGUGAUGACGAUAUGGAACGAAGCAAAAGUGAAAAUAUCAGUAGGUCUUGGGUUAAACAUGAUCGUUCCAUCUCUCCGUUCAUUUAUGCCCCCACCUCAGAACCUCAUGGAGGCUACAGUUCCUCCCGAUUUCGUGAACAGGCGGCUACUUUAAUGGCGCAGCUUAAAGACGACAUGCGAGGCCAGAAACGUAUUUUCUCCGGUGAAAGCGAGUAUUCCGUUAUCAAUCACCAGGAGGCGAGUUUGAAUUUCGGUGAUGGUUCGGAAACACGUCCAUCCGAUGGCACGCGCCAGUCAUUGCGAAUGGAAAGACCCGUUCCUUCACAUGUUCCUGUACUAUCUAUUUCUUCUUCGCCCAGCAGGACUAGGUCGAGAUCGGACUCUAAACAAUCUACUCUUCGUCGUUUAGGUGCAGCUCACCCGACCGAUGCCGAGUUGUCCCAACGUAUGUCUAGAAUGUCAGUCGGAGGCAGACGAACUUCUUCCUCCUCAACACAACCGACCCAGUCGGUAACUAAUAUUGCACCCAUUUCCGGUCAAAGCCUAUCCACCUCAGCUGCACCACCCUCUUAUCCCUCUUCAUCUGUUCGCCACACAACGGCUGAUGAUCUGAACCGAUUCGUAUCUUCCAGCACAGCCUCUGGUACGACGCUCACUUCAGGUAGUGUGCCUUCCUUUGUGAAGCAUCCAGGGCCGGUGCAAAUCAGGACUAUUGCACCCAGUGACGUUCCUACGUUACCAGAGAGAAUGGGUAACAUGAUGUUUGAUAAAGUGCUGAUGAAGUGGGUAAAGAGCAGUGCUACGGUAACAUGGCCCGGUGAUUAUUUACCAACCGAGGAGGUCAGUGAAGAUCCCUUUGGGGACAUUGAAAGCUUGAGAGAUGACUCGAAGGGACAUAAUAGCAUGGAUACCGCUGAGGAGAAUCAGGAGGGAGAUGAACAGUCUGUGCUUAUGGGGCAUACCGAGCUGAGCCGAGUCGAGGAGCAACCCGAGGUGGAGGACGAAGAGGAAAUGAUUCUUACCAGUUUCGAAACCGAUGAUCCUUCUGCGCGAAUAGUGGACGUUAUGACAGGCGUAGAAGAUGACGAUGCCCGAACUACUGAUUCAGAGGCUGGUCAAGAUGAACUCAUUGCGGACGAGUCUUCUGAAGUCGGAGAAGCUGCAGUGGUAGUUAUCGACACUAAUUACCAGUCUCGGACGCCGUCACCGCCCCUUGACAUUUCCGCCAGCCCAUCCUCUGUCGUACCAAUUGCAAACAAUAUUUCUGAUACGCCUAACAGAUCAACAAUACUUCAACCACCCUCCUCUAUACGUUCUGCGUUGAAAUCUACUACAGUCACCCCGACGUCAGCGCUCAAGGACACGAGUCUCAAAUACAAAACACCCUUACGACAACAAAAACAUCGUCGUUCCGUCAGCUUUUCUGACGGAAAACGUGAGGGUCCCAUUCGCGGAUUGGGUCGUAAUGCAGACGGUGAUGAGGAUGAUGAGGACGUAGGGGAUGAGUGUAACCACACGGUGCCGUCUGCACGGUCGAAACGUAUAGCGGAUAUGAUGGCAGCAUUGGAGGACUCCGAUAGCGAUUCGAGGAUUGAUGAGUCACCCUCGAAAGGAUCGUCAUCCGAGGGUGUGAGACCUGAGGAACUUCAGCCCCUUACCAAACGCCAGCCCAGUUCAGCUCCUAUCCAUGGUGAAUCUUUGGCUUCGAGAAGUCCGAGGAGGGUGUUCUCCCGGUCUGAUGCUUUUAAGUUACCCAACAAUACGGGGAAUCGAUGCAAUGCAACAUUCCUGACGGAGUGCUCGUUUGGUGUUGCACAUGACCGUCUUGUGCAGGUGAUCACGGACAUUGAACCAUUUGAACCUCAUUGGGAGCAGUUAAAUGCAAUCGAUUUGUCGGGGAAGAACAUCGAGAGUGCCGCCAGAUUAAAAGAGUUUUUACCUAAACUUGAUUCCUUGAAACUGUCCGUCGGUAUUCCUUUUAAACAGGCGCUGCAUGCUGAACGUGUACCUCGUAGGAACAACAACCUCCUGUCAUGGCUCAGUGGAAUACCUGGCACAGUGCGGACGUUAUCUGUCUCAUCGAACAGCCUCACAAGAUUAACCUCAUACCAUCACCUUUUAAAUCUUGAGAACCUGGAUAUCAGUGGGAACGAGAUAGAGUCAUUAAGUCAGUUAUCAUGCCUCAGACACCUCCGCGAAUUAAAGGCAGAUGGGAAUAAGAUUACCAGCACAGAGGGACUGGAAAAAAUGGACGGACUGGUGAAACUGAGUUUGCAAGGAAACCACAUACGGUCGAUUGAACUUGAACGGCAUCGAUGGAGCCACUUGGAGAUGCUGAACCUGAGCAUCAAUCGUUUAGAUAGCAUAUCAGAGUUGGCAUCUCUGACUUCUCUGAUCGUUUUAAACUUGGAUAAUAAUUCACUAGAGACUAUUGACUUCGGUGGAAACAUGCCUCGACUUAGAAUUCUUCGUGCUAGUGGAAAUCGGCUGAGCGUAUUGAACGCGAGCCGCGUUGCGAACUUGCGGACACUGUAUCUGGACAACAACUCUCUGACACAGAUCCUGAGACUAGAACGUUUGACCAAGUUGGAGAACUUGAGCGUGCGAAAUCAGGGUGGUCGUGGAUGCCACUUUGGUGGGAGGGACACACGCGAUGUGAGACGACUCUACCUUUCUGGCAAUGGGCUUGGCCCGGGAUUCCUAAGUGAACGUUGCUACAACUUGGUCUAUCUGGAAUUGGCUGCGUGCAGGCUGACGCAACUGCCGGAAGGAUUGAAAGACCUGAUACCGAACGUUCGAGUGCUUAAUCUCAACUACAACUUCUUGGAGGACGUGCGACCUCUCGAGGGACUGACCAGGAUGGCCAAGUUAACGGUCAUCGGGUCUCGGCUGAAAGGCACGAAGGCAAUUAUAAAGAUCUUACAACAAAUGCCGGAAGUCGAGAUGCUGGACCUGAGAAUGAAUCCAUGUACUCUAGGCUGGUACUUACCCCUGCUGGUGAAGGACGUACCAGGGGCACUCCAACCGUCCGAAGGUACAGGAGGGAAGAAGGGUAACAGUGGACCGGCAUGGCAAGAUUUGGACAGUAAAUUCCGACGUGAUUUGCCCAACGAUUCGUACAUAGGACGACUGGCAUAUCGGGGACUAGUGAUGGAGGCGUGUCCGAAAAUACGGAUGCUGGACGGGAUAGAAGUGACAGAGAAGGAGAGGGACAAAGCGCACAAGUUACUGGUGGGUAUAAUUGGGAAGAGAUGAGAGUUGGUACUGGUAUGUGCAGCCACCAAGCUCAGUGAGGUGGAAGCGCCAGAUUUCUGUUGAAUGAAAGUGUGUUUUGAGGAUAGAAAUGAACUGGUUUGAGUUGGCUCGGGCGGGGUGCCUGUGCCCU